CCCCCGCCGGGCGCCCCCCACCCCCCGCCCGGGGGGGCCCCCCCCCCUUAAUUGCUUGACAACCUUUACACGAUAUAUUUGAGGCACUGUUCUACACAAUUGUCAAGUGGUAAAUUAUAACGUUUUGAAUAAUCAAGAAUUAUUCUAGCAACUGAUUUACUCGUACAUGAAACAGUAUCAAUAAAGGUAAUAAAUCUUUACGAAUAUCGCUUGUCGAUUCAUCGUAAUAUCGUAAAGAAAAACUAAUUUGGUCAGUAGUUGAUGCAUCGGUUCUUUCACCAACAAUAAUUCAAUAGACUCAGUCUUUACUUUGACGUAAACUACUUUUCAAUAUAGUUUCAUUUAUACAUUUAAUUAUUUCAUUUUAAACUAGCCCGCCUUUAAAUGAUGAAUUUCUUGAUCAGUUUUCUAAAUGCCAUUUUAAAACUUCACCAGCUGAAUUAACACGUUGUUUUAAUAGAGCUAUGAAAUUAGAACCAGAUGAUGAGUCAACACAAUUUAAUGUUUUACGCAUAUCAAUUAAUUUUUCUUCACGAUGA